AUGUCGGAACAAAUGGAUUCGUUUAUUGAUAAGCUUAAGUACCACAACUCUGGGCUUUUCAGUGAGACCUUAUUUCCUGAGACGUCGUUUAAUCAAACACUUGGAACCUGGUGGAAGCACCUGGUGGCAGGAGCAGUGGCGGGUGCCGUGUCCCGAACAUGGACUGCUCCUCUGGACCGGCUCAAGAUCUACGUACAGGUCAAUGCUAUAAAACAGCGUGUGGAUCUGCUGGGCAGCUGGAAGGUGAUGGUGAAGGAGGGUGGCUACAUCUCACUCUGGAGAGGCAAUGGAAUAAAUGUGGUGAAAAUAGCACCAGAGACUGGCAUCAAGUUUCUAGCUUAUGACCAGUACAAGAAGUUCUUCAGUGACAGCCACACCAAGCUGGACAUCCAUCAACGCUUUGCUGCAGGAUCUCUCGCUGGAGUCACUGCUCAGACCAUCGUCUACCCAAUGGAGGUACUGAAGACGAGACUGGCACUUGGAAACACGGGGCAGUACAAAGGGAUCAAUGAUUGUAUGAGGACUAUCAUCAAAAAUGAAGGCUUUGCUGGCCUCUACAGAGGCUACCUCCCAAACCUACUUGGCAUCAUCCCUUAUGCAGGGAUUGAGCUUACUGUCUAUGAGAGUACAAAAAAAGCUUAUUGCCAGAAGUAUGGCCAAGAGCCAAAUGACCCCGGUAUGUUCAUCCAUCUCAGCUGUGGCACCAUCUCCAGCACCUGCGGUCAACUGGGCAGCUAUCCCCUGGCACUCAUCAGGACCAAGAUGCAAGCACAUGCUGUUAUCACAGAUAGGCCCCAGGUGAGCAUGAUUCAACACAUCAUCACUAUCAUGCGAGAGGAAGGUUUGAGAGGUCUUUAUCGAGGAUUCACACCCAACUGCAUGAAGGUUGUCCCUGCUGUGAGCAUCAGCUUUGUUGUCUACGAGCAGAUGAGAAACCUCCUUGGCCUCACCUGCAAUUAA